GAAAUCCAGUCCUGUGAAUUAAUUUAAUUAAUCAAAUGAAUGGAGGGACUUUCUGCUUUCCACAUUCUCUGUCCCCGUGUGUGUGUCCUGUGAAUAAUUUUCCCUCCAUCGCCCACCGAAACAGUUAAAGAGGGUGUGGGAAAAACCCUAAAAAACUUUGUGAGGGUUUUUGGAAUUUAGGAUUCAAAAUGGAGAAUAAGCUUGCUACGACGAGAAGAGAACUAUUGGACCGUUGGAGAGGCAUUGAGGAAGAAGAAGAAGAAGACAAUGACGAUGAUCACAUUGAUCCCUCCAGACGACGCCGUCUUCACCACUACAAGGAACAAUGGUUUGCGGAAGCAUUUAGUUUUUUGAUUUCAUUGCCCAAGGAAAAUCACAUAUGGUGUGGCUCCUGGGAUAUAAUGGGGCCCCUUUUGGAGACGUUCUACAAUUAUUUUAAAGAUGAGCAUCCUGAUUCUCCUCUCAAACGGUUGUGGCGGAGGAUCUCUGAGGAAUUGCGACACUGCAUUCAAUGCGUUUCUCAGCACCAUCAAGCCCAAGAAUUGUACAACGUGGAGUAUGAGUUGAGUUCUAUUGGUCCCCUUCUUGAUGUUUUGCGAAGUCUUGAUGAGGAAAGGGUGACCCUACACUUGAGAGAGAUAAAUGCUACAUUAGCACGUCAAGAGUAUGAUCCAGCCCGUAAUAAUGCUGAAGUUGUUAGUGUCAUGUAUGAGGUUUUGAUGUUCCCAAUCCUGUUAGAUGAUCAAUCAUUGUUCACCGAGUUUGAAAACUUUAUUGAAGCAGUUGAUGACAUGCAUGAGCUGGCUUUGGGUGGACAGCAACAGUUUCCGGGUGUUUAUGCGUUAUUUUUCUUCAAAAGAAGAGUGCGCUCUGUUGGUCAUCGUUUGGCUGGAUGUAUGGGAAAGUUGAGGAGAGCAAUAGACUUGGAACCUUUACAGCCUUUGAUUAAGAAAUUCAUUGGCUUUUUGGAGGCAGAAGUUUUGCCUUCUACUUUCAAGACUUCAAGGCCUAGAGCUGAGCUGGACCGUGUAUCAAUUUGGCUUGGAAUCAAAUCCCUGCUUGGUUUCUUAGAACCACCAGCUUUUGAAGAAGGGAUAUUAGAGCGGUAUCCUAUUUUUCUUGAUAUUGUUCUUAACCAUAUUAGUGGCGAUUCAGUAGACUUCUCCCAUGCAGUUACUUGCUUGAGAUUACUUUUUGAAAUGCUUGGUUGUAAGGUUUGGUUGAGGUCAACUUUGUCUCCAAGCGUGAUGCGUAAUACACUUUUGGGCCAGUGUUUUCAUACUCGAAAUGAGAAAAGCCAUAAAGAUAUUUUUGAUCUUUUUCAGCCUUUUCUGCAGUCUCUUGAAGCUUUGCAAGAUGGGGAACAUGAAAAGCAACGUAGGCAUUUUCUCUAUUUUCUGCUUCAUCAAGUAUCUGUGAGUGGUAACUUUAGUGUUUUAACCAGGCAAAAGGCUCGUCAGAUAGCCCUUCUUAUUGUACACCGAGGAUACGCAAUGAACCCGCCAUGCCCCCCAUUUGAGUGUGCACACAUGUGGGGUCCUUCUCUUGUGUUAUCACUGAAGGAUUCUUCACUUCACAAUUCUCUAAGACAACCUGCCUUCGAUCUCAUACAAACUAUCAUGGUGUCUGAUGCUGCUUGCUUAGCAAGUUCAAUACUGAGUUGCUGCCCGCCACUGAGUAUCGAAAGAAGGAUGUCUUCUGAGUUGAACUGUGAUGAAGAUGAUGAAGAUAAUGGCAGGCCGCCUUCAUUUGCUGUUGAUGCUGAAGAAAAGGAUGAUAGUUGUUGGAAAGACUUUAGCAAACAGAGUAAAAUUACAUCUCUGGAAUUCAGGGAGUGGAUGUGCAUUCCAAUGUUAUGGAUUGAUGUCCUAAUUGACAUCAAUCCUUCAGUCCUUCCAAUAUCAUUUUCAAAGGCUGUUUUUUGGGCCCGGACUCGUUUUUCUAUGGUAGACCCUGAAAGUAGUUCAGAAAUGGCAAUCCCGGUGAGAACUUGGCUUUCAUCCUCUGCCACAGACAUCUCUACAACCUUUGGCUGGAAGGUUCCGACUGGUUCAGAUGAUGGUGGAGAUGGGAAGGAGUCAAAAAACUCAAUAAAAGUGUCAACGAUGUCUCUUCCUCUAAUAAGAACAUUCAACAGUUAUGCUGGUGAGAUGCAUUGCAGGUUAACUGCAUAUUUUAUAGUUCAAGUGGGCCAGGGGGAACUUCGUAAGCAGUGGACUUGGGAACCAAGGAUGGGUGAAAGCUUGAUCCUUUCCCUUUUGGAUCCUAAUGAUACUGUGAGGCAGUUUGGAAAGUGUAUCUUGGAACAGGUUUCUAACACCAGGGGUCUUGCUUGUGGUUUGAAGUUUCUUUGUUCUUAUGGAUCUUCGCUGUUCGCUAUUUUGUUGGGCUUGAGACAUGCUGUGAGACUGGUCCAGCUAGAUACUGUUCUAUCGAAGUUUCAGACAUUACAUCAUUUUUUCUUUAUUCUUCGCAAAUUGCUUAUGGAAGAGGAUUUGCCUACUUCAGUGCCUGAUGAAUCAUCUGAUCACUUAAGUACUUCAAAAUUCUCUUCUGAAGGUGGAUUUCUGAGGCAGCCUGUCUUUGAUUCUUUGACUGCAAAUAUCAAUCGACAUUCUGCAGAUGUCGACUUAAAAUUACACAAGAAAUUCUGUUACAUACUAUCAGAAACUGCCUGGCCUUCUAUUCGGAGGUGCUUGAUAGAAGGGAAGGCAUUUAUUGAUUACAAUAUUAGUCAGAUGACUUGUGUCCGCCUACUCGAGAUUCUGCCUGCUGUCUUUGAAAGGCUUUAUCCUUUGUUUAUUAAACAGCAUGGUUUUUCUGGUAUAGUGAAAAGUGCCUGUGACUUCUCCUGGCUUCAUGAUCUUGUGGAUUGGGGGAAAUCAUCACUCAAAGUUGUAGUUGUAUAUUGGAAACGAACUUUUACGGCUUUGCUGAAGUUGCUUAAAGAAUCUUGUAGUAGUAAUGCUGCAUCUACAAUCAUGACUAUUGAAAAUCUUAUCUCAUGUGAUGGUUUUUCCUUGGAUCAAUUGAUGGAACAAGUAUCAUGCCUUGCUGUUAGUUUAUCUAAAGAAGCUUCUAAUAUUGGAAAGAACAAUUUCAGUUCAAAAACUUUAUUUCCUGGAGGCUUGAAGAAUUCGGUUUCAGAUGUGCAGCCUUUGUCCAUUGAAGAUUUAAAUGUUGAAAUCCUAGAUCCAGCUACAAUGGAUGACAAAAAGGACAGAGAAAAUUUGAUUGUUCUUUCUGAUGACGAAAAAGAACAAAUGGAUACUCCUAGUGAGUUCAUUUUAUCUGAUAAGACUAGUCAGUGCAUGUUAGAUGUUGAAACAGUGGCUUCCGGUGUUGAUGAUGUCACUUUACUUCCGGACUAUGUGAAGAAGAAAGUUCAUGGCACUGACACUUCAAAGGAUAUCUUGGAGGCUUUCAAGAGAAGAGAUGCUAAAAGUGGUUCUGGCUUUACUUCUCGGAAGGAGGACAAUGAUAACUCAAGAGGCAAAUCACCAUCUAUUGCUCCCUCUGUACCAGAAGGUGUAAGAAGCAAACAAAAAGAAAUUAGUCCUAAAUCAAUAAGUGGUUCCUUCAGAUCCCAGGCUAGUUUGAAAAUCUUAUCCAAUGAAGCUGUUAGUAUAAAAAAAAUGAAUAAACCUCGUGACAACGCGAUUUGGAAAGCAGGUGAAGCCAUGUUGAGAAAGAUAGUAUGUGAUGCUGAAGACGAUCCUUUGGAGGCUGCCCUUGAUUCUGUUGGACAAAAGCCACCACAGAUGGCAAAGCCGAGCAUUUCUGUUCCAAAACGACAACUUAUUCAGCUCAAAACACCUAUUGAAAACAGAUUUGGCCAUCUUCAGAGGCUGGAGGCUCGAGCAAAAAGGUUCAAGCCCCCGAAGCUUGAUGCAUGGUACAGACCUAUCUUAGAAAUAGAUUACUUUGCAACAGUUGGAUUAUCAGCUGCUAGUGAAGAUGAUAGUCGGAUAGUUUGCAAAUUGAAGGAGGUUCCUGUGUCUUUUCAAUCGCCUGAGCAGUAUAUAGAGAUUUUCCGGCCAUUGGUUUUGGAGGAGUUUAAAGCACAGUUGCAGAAUUCUUUCCUAGAAAUGUCUUCAUUGGAAGAUAUGUAUUUUGGUUGCUUGUCUGUGCUUUCUGUUGAAAGAAUUGAUGAUUUUCAUCUUGUUCGCUUUGCCCAAGAUGACAAGGACUCUACAUCAUCAAGAAGCUUUUCAGAAAACGACCUUGUUUUGCUUACAAAAGAGCCCCUGCAAAGACCCUCUCAUGAUGUUCAUAUGGUUGGGAAGGUGGAGAAGAGAGAGAGAGAUCAUAAGAGAAGGUUAAGUAUACUACUCAUUAGGUUCUAUCUUCAGAAUGGUACUUCACGUUUAAAUCUAGCAAGAAGGAAUCUCCUUGAACGUAGUAAAUGGCAUGCAAGUCAGAUUAUGAGCAUUACACCUCAAGUUCGAGAAUUUCAGGCAUUGUCAUCGAUAAAGGACAUCCCCUUGUUUCCCAUUAUUUUGAAGCCUGACAAUGAUUCUUGUGGUCGUAAUGAAUACAAGGAACUAGAUCUGAGUAAGCUGGCUCAACCCUUGCAGAAAAUACUGAAGUCAUCCUUUAAUGAUAGUCAACUUCAGGCUAUUAGUAUUGCCAUCGGACCACGUAAUUCAAAUAAGACAUUUGACUUGUCUCUUAUCCAGGGUCCUCCAGGUACUGGUAAGACACGAACCAUUCUGGCCAUUGCUAGUGGUUUGCUUGCUUCCCAGAAGACAAAUCAUGCAAGAAAUCCUAUUGAUGGCAGUGGGAAACAAAAUCGUACUUCAGUUCUCAAGAUUAGCCAGACUGCUGCCAUUGCAAGGGCAUGGCAGGAUGCAGCCUUGGCUAGACAACUGAAUGAGGAUGUACAAAAUCAUCCAAAGUCUAUGGAGAAUACUGCAAGAGGAAGGAUCCUCAUCUGUGCUCAGUCCAAUGCUGCUGUUGAUGAAUUGGUAUCUAGAAUAUCUAGCCAUGGCCUUCAUGGCAGUGAUGGGAAGAUGUAUAAGCCAUAUCUUGUAAGGGUUGGAAACGUGAAGACAGUUCAUUCAAAUUCACUGCCAUUUUUUAUCGAUACUCUUGUUGAUCAACGUUUGGCAGAUGAGAAGACUAAACUGAAUGAUGGAAAGAAUGAUUUGAGUGUAAACUCUUCAGUGGAAUUGCGUUCUAAUCUUGAAAAGCUAGUUGAUCGAAUUAGGUUCUAUGAAGCAAAACGUGCUAAUUUAAGUGAUGGAAAUUCUGACCUUAAGAAGUCUUUGGAAGAUGAUAGUCUUAAGGGAGAUAAUGUGAAGGAAAUGUCUGAUGCAGAAAUAGGCUUAAAGCUGAGAAAGCUUUAUGAGCAAAAGAGACAAAUUUAUAAGGAUCUUAGCAGUGUUCAGGCACUGGAGAAGAAGACUAAUGAAGAAAUCAAAGGACUUAAAUAUAAGCUUCGGAAAUCUAUACUAAGAGAAGCUGAAAUUGUGGUAGCUACUUUAAGUGGCUGUGGCGGCGACCUCUACGGAGUCUGUUCUGAAUCUAUGUCAAAUCAUAAGUUUGGUAGCCCAUCUGAGCAUAUUCUUUUUGAUGCUGUUGUGAUUGAUGAAGCUGCUCAAGCUCUGGAACCUGCAACUCUGAUCCCACUCCAGCUUUUAAAGUCGAGUGGUACCAAAUGCAUCAUGGUGGGUGAUCCAAAGCAGCUUCCUGCAACAGUACUCUCGAAUGUUGCAAGUAGAUACUUCUAUGAAUGCAGCAUGUUUGAACGCCUACAAAGGGCUGGUCACCCUGUUGUUAUGCUAACCAAACAGUAUAGGAUGCACCCUGAAAUAUGUCGGUUUCCUUCUUUGCAUUUUUAUGAGAGGAAGUUGCUAAAUGGUGACCAAAUGUCUAGCAAAUCAGCCCCAUUUCAUGAGACUGAGGGCCUUGGACCCUAUGUUUUUUAUGAUAUCAUUGAUGGCCAGGAGCGUCGUGGUAAGAAUUCUGGUUCACUAUCCCUUUAUAAUGAGCAUGAAGCUGAUGCUGCAGUUGAAGUACUCAAGUUUUUUAAGAAGAGGCAUCCAUCUGAAUUUGUUGGCGGAAGAAUUGGCAUCAUUACUCCAUAUAAGAGUCAAUUGUCUCUCUUGCGGUCUCGUUUUUCUAGUGCAUUUGGAUCUUCUGUCAUAGAUGAGAUGGAAUUUAACACUGUUGAUGGUUUUCAAGGUCGGGAGGUUGAUAUACUAAUACUUUCCACUGUAAGAGCAGCAGAAAGCUCUUUUGCCCCUGGGAUCAAGUCAAGCAAUAUUGGAUUUGUUGCUGAUGUAAGACGAAUGAAUGUUGCAUUGACAAGGGCCAAACUGUCACUUUGGAUUAUGGGAAAUUCGAGGACUUUGCAGACAAACCAAAACUGGGCUGCUCUCGUUCAGGAUGCUAAGGAGAGAAAACUGGUUAUAACAGUGAAAAUGCCAUAUGGGUCCAUGUUUAAAUCAGCUAACUGGAGAAACCCUGCUGCAGAAACUUCUGAAAAUUAUUCGACCAAGAAACGAACUGAGAGGAGUGAAAAUGAAGCUUCUGAUCAGAAAACAAAUAUUCAUCAUGUUUCUAAACGGAGACGUGAGGGGGAUGCAAAAGAUUUUUCAACAUCUAGAGAAGAUUGCAGGGUUAACAAAAGAAACGCCAGAGGUAAAGCAGAUUUGCUGGUGAAGGAUCUUCCAUCUGUAGUUGUAAAGGAUGGCAACAAAGGUUCCAAGGAGGGGACGUCUCUUGUGUCAGGGAAAAAUGUUACAGAAGGUAAAAUUAAAGGCAAGGAGAGCAGUGGUAGGAAAAUGAAAUUCGAGAAUUCUCCUAUGGAUACGAGAAAAAUUAAAGAAAAUUCAAGUAAAAAUAUGGAUAAUAUUGAGCAAGGAAUGGAUGAAAGUCAUAAAAGUUUGAGUUCAAAAGUUUCUAAAAGAAUGAAAGGUUCUUCUGGGGGUGAUGAUAGAAGCCACAGGAAUCUUGAAGUUUCAACUCCAUCUGCUGUAAGCAGCCUUGAGGAAAGAGAUUCAAGUGGUAAAGAAAGAGCCCAGAAUCAAGUUGGCACUUCCAAGGAUCUAAUUGCAAAAAGGAAACAGCAACGCGAGGCUGUCGAUGCUAUUCUUUACUCGGCUCUUAUUCCUUCAAAGAAAGCCGAUACUUCGGCAAAAUCAGUGCCUUCGAAAAAACCUCCUCCAUCAUCAACGGCAAGUGGCAAGAUGAAACCGCCCCAUAAAAGAAAAGAUUAAGCGUCAUGCUUUGCUGCUUUGUUUAGGUGAAGUAUCUUUUGGUAGUAUUGCAAAAAAGGGUGCCUAGUGGAAAUUUUGUUUUUGAUGUUUCCAUUUGUUCUUUACCGGAUUUAGAAGUUACAGGGAGCAUAGUUGAGGUAAUCAAAUCUUGUACAGGAAAUUCAGAAAUCCAAAUGCAUGUAAAAUAACGUACAUACAAAUUUAUGCAGAAGGUAAUGCAUUUACUAUCA